AUGAGAGGCAAUCAUUUUAUAUGGAUUAUUCAUAGCUUGAUCUUGCUGCAGUUUCUUGACUUCUGUUUUUCAUUGCCUUUAUGUUCUGAUUCAACUGCACCUUUUACUCCGAGGUCUCCUUUGCAGUUCUGUCCUUACAAUGGCUUCGUUUGCUGCAAUAAUACCGAUGAUUUCCAUCUGAGAAAUCAAUUCUUGUCUAUGAAUAUUUCAGAUCCCAACUGUGCCUCUCUUGUUCGAUCUAUCCUUUGCUCGAGAUGUGAUCAGUUUUCGGCCGAGCUUUUCAGAGUCGACUCUGCCCCUCGUCAACUUCCCGUGCUCUGUAACUCGUCGAACCCAACAAACUCAACCCAAUCCAACCAAAACACAAACAGCUUCUGUUCGCAAGUAUGGAACACUUGCCACAACAUUUCCAUUUCAUAUUCCCCAUUUGCCCCCACUUUACGAACCCCAGCAAGCUCCAACUCCUCCACACUAUCCGACACCUGGCGAACUCAAGAAGAGUUUUGUGCCGCGUUUGGCGGCUCACCCAACGACACGUCACCAUGUUUUUCUGGCUCACCCAUUGUUCUUAACAAUACCACAGAUAACCCAACUCCUCCCGGUGACCUUUGCCUGGAGAAAAUUGGAAAUGGGUCUUACCUCAACAUGGUGGGCCAUGCAGACGGGUCGAAUCGGGCCUUUUUCUCGAACCAGCAAGGCAAGAUCUGGCUCGCGACUAUUCCCGAACCGGGCUCGGGAGGGGUUUUGGGGAUUGACGAGUCGAACCCUUUUCUUGAUUUGUCGGAUGAGGUCCAUUUUGAUACUCAGUUUGGGAUGAUGGGAAUUGCACUCCAUCCACAAUUUGUCCAAAACGGUCGUUUUUUCGUUUCGUUCAAUUGUGACAAAGCCAAGUGGCCUGGCUGUGCUGGCAGGUGCGCGUGCAAUUCCGAUGUGGGCUGUGAUCCAGCGAGACUCGGGCCUGAUAACGGGGCACAGCCUUGCCAGUAUCAAAGUGUUGUAGCUGAGUAUACGGUUAAUGGUAGCUCAUCAAGACCCUCCUCGGCUACAAGCGCCAACCCUUUGGAGGUCAGAAGAAUAUUUACUAUAGGCCUACCUUUUACGGCCCACCAUGGAGGCCAGAUUCUUUUCGGGCCAGAAGACGGUUAUUUGUACUUCAUGAUGGGAGACGGUGGAGGUGUGGGAGACCCGUAUAAUUUUGCUCAGAACAAAAAAUCUUUACUCGGCAAGAUCAUGAGAUUUGACGUUGAUAACUUGCCAAGCGAUACUGAAGCUGCUCGGCUUGGUUUGUGGGGUAACUAUUCGAUUCCUAAUGAUAACCCUUACACAAUCGAUAAAGACUUGCAGAGAGAAAUAUGGGCUUUAGGCCUACGAAAUCCUUGGCGGUGUAGCUUCGAUUCUGCAAGGCCUUCGUACUUUAUAUGUGCAGACACCGGACAGGAUGGAUACGAAGAAGUGGAUUUGAUAACCAAGAAUGGAAAUUACGGGUGGCGGGCCUUUGAGGGCCCAUACCCUUAUACUCCUCCACAGACACCUGGAGGAAAUACUUCAAUCAGCUCAAUAAGACCGAUUUUCCCUGUUAUGGGAUAUAACCAUUCUGAAGUAAACUCGAACGAAGGUUCAGCAUCGAUCACUGGUGGCUACUUCUAUAGAUCCAUGGCUGAUCCUUGCAUGCAUGGAAGAUACUUGUAUGCCGAUCUUUAUGCGGGCGCUAUAUGGGCAGGAACCGAAACCCCAACAAACAGCGGAAGAUUCAAUAGCACCCAAAUUAGUUUUAAUUGCGCACAUGAUUCGCCUAUUCGCUGCACGUUCACUCCCGGGAGCACGCUUCCUUCUUUGAGCUACAUUUUCUCGUUCGGAGAAGAUAAUAAUCGGGAUGUUUACCUUCUUACAAACAGUGGCGUGUACAGAAUCGUACGUCCCAGUCGUUGUAACUACACAUGCUCGAGUGAAAAUGCCUCGACUGUCUCUCAAGGUCCCUCGGCGAGCCCCCCUCGUUCGGGAGCCGGCUCGCGCGAGAUUCUUAUAUUUUUGAAUUCAUUUUUGUGUUUGGUAGUGAUGAUGAUUUUUAUGUGA